CAGCCACGGCAUUUCUGGGGGACGCCAUGGCCGGGGCUGCGGGGAGGAAGCUGGGGCUCCAGGCCGUUAAACGAGUGUUGGUUCGUUUCUGUCCCUUUGAGAGCAACGUGGAAGCGACGAGGAAGUUCCUCCAGGCUGUGAGCAGCGAGAAGGUGCGCGCCUCCAACCUCAACUGCACCGUGCAGGUGGACGUGCGGCACGACGGCUCCGAGCCCUGCGUGGACGUGCUUUUCGGAGACGGAGACCGGCUCAUCCUUCGCGGCGCCCACCUCACGGCGCAGGAGAUGCUCGCAGCCUUCCAUUCCCGAGUCCAAGCCAAGAGCCGUACCUCUCCCGGGGAGAAGGGUUGAGGGCCUCGGCCCCCGGGGAGAUGGGGGCAGGGGCCAGGGAUGGAGCAAAUAAAAGCAAGUCAUCAUGGU